CACUGAGUACACGCUCUCCGGAGAUUGAUUUGACGUUCAUGUCUAAUCAGACACUGUCCACUGCCCGAGACAGCCGACUUACAAAUUGGCAAAACAUAUUCGCUGCAAAAUUUAGUGCAAACUCAGACAGCUUUCAUUUCAUAACAUCGAAAACCACUGCCACUGAUAAUCCAUACAAUUUUUAGAUUUUUAUUUUUUUGUUGUUGUAAAAUUUAACCUCUUUUGUGAAGGGAGUUAUCAGAAUGACAGAGAUUUUGGAGCAUUUGAAGAGUGGACCGAAAGAAGGUGUAAAUUACCCGGUGUCAGUGUUAUACUGUGGCAAUUGCUCAAUGCCAAUUGAGUACUGCGAAUAUUAUCUCGACUACGAAAAGUGUAAGGCAUGGCUGGAGAAGAAUUUACCGGAUGAAUUUUCGAAGGUGAAGGUUAGCGAUCCAACAGCCGAAGAUGCUGGUGGCGAAGAUAAGAAAAAGAGCCAAAGGCGUGGCGGCAAAGGAAUGCUCAAGCCAAAGAAAGCGAAGGAAGAUGGCCCGAAGAAGGUGUGUGUGUCAAGAGCUCCACGAGGCAAAAAGAAGAGCGUCACUGUUGUCACCGGGCUUAGUUCAUUUGACAUCGAUCUAAAAGUAGCAGCCAAAUUUUUCGGUACCAAGUUUGCGUGCGGCUCAUCCGUGACUGGUGACGAUGAGAUUGUAAUUCAAGGUGAUGUCAAGGACGAUCUAUUCGAUAUCAUCCCAGAGAAAUGGCCCGACAUCGACGAAGAUCUGAUUGACGAUUUGGGAGAUCAAAAGCGAACAUAAAUUUGAUUACUCGCAUAUGUUCUUUAUCGAAUUACACUUUUAUUCGUGUCAUUUCUUACAUCUAACCGUUUUUAAAUAAUAAUUUUCUUAAGGAAAUACAAAAAAAAAAAUUGUCGUUUAAAUAUGAUUAUUUGAUUCAAACAGUUUCAAUCGGUGGUG